GGCGGGACCAAACAAAGGAAAAGUUGGGCGUGGUUUGUAUUUCAAGAUGGCGUCUGAAGAGGAGGUAGAGAAAUCAGUUUCUCCAGAAGCUACAGACGAUGCAGAUCGUCAAAUGAGGAGGAGAAAGAGAGGCUACCUAAGGAUGUACUAUGGUGUUACUGAUGAAGGAACUGGUGGAGCCUCAGCCCGUGAACCGGCCAACCCUCUAGACAUUGAUAGCUCUGGAUUUAAAGUAGACCAGUACAUGGAGAAGAUGCUUAGAAACCUCUCGCUAACUGACUUGUAUGACAAAGAGCGAAAAGUGAAGAAAGAAACGUUGCAGCUGGAUAGCAAUAUGCAGCAUUUGGUGUAUGAGAAUCACUCAAAAUUCAUCAAGGCAUCCGAAACUAUCAAAGAGAUGAAAGAUGAUUUUCAGAGAUUAGAGGACGGUAUGUCGAAGUUAAGCUCACGAAUUGAAGGAAUCAGAAGCUCCAGUAAUUCCAUAAAUGAGGCAUUAUCAGAGAGAAAGCAGCAGAUAGCUAAACUCUCGUCUGUUCAUCAUUUGCUUAAGAAGCUGCAAUUUCUUUUUGAGUUACCAGGACGUUUGAACAAGUGUCUUGAGAGAAGAGCUUACAGUCAAGCAGUGAAUUAUUAUGUUAAAGCUCAGAAAGUUUUAGAGCAGUAUAAGCAUUUGCCGUCAUUUCAUGGCAUCCAACACGAUUGUUUGGCGAUAAUAGACGAACUUAAGACACUACUGAAAGGACGACUUGAUGAUCAGCAGUCGUCACCAAAGAUGAUAGCAGAAGCUGUUGAUCUUCUGUUACAGCUGCAGGAGCCACCUCAAGCUCUCUGCCAGCAGUAUCUGGACAAUUCCAGAAGGCAGCUAGAGUCAGAUCUUCUGAAAGUAGAAACAGCUGCUAAAACUCUUCCAAGUAGUACUGGAAAUGAUGAAGAGGAUGGUGUCGUUGUGGAUGCCGUAGAAUUUGUGGGCGUGGUUUGCAAUGGUUUCCUUGGCAACAUGAGCCUCAUCAUUCAGUCGUGUUUUGACAUGUUUAUCAGAAAGAAAUCAGUAUGCCACAGUACUGAUGUUGCUGUAGUAUCUAAGGAAGCACUGGUAGUGUUUGUACAAGAGCUGAUGAGUAGAUGCUCUUCACUUAUCAACGAUAAACUCACUCUUGAGGCUAAGAUGCUAAACAGUGCCCAUUUAGCUCGAGCUCUUGACAGAUUAUCAGGAAAGCUACACACAUUAGACCAGCUGCUACCCUCAGCCGGCAUAUACAGUAACUGUCAGUCAAUGAUCAAGAUGGUUGUACACAUUCAUACUGAGAGCCAUGCCCACUGCCUUUUACAGAACUUCUCUUCGACUGUAACUGAUAUCCGACAGGAAAUAGCAACUUUUAAAGGUGCCACGCCUUCUUCGACUCCACCCCUUAGCGACCACAGCACUGCCCUUUAUGCAGCCAUUAAGACAGGACUGGAUUCAUCACUCACUAAUCUCCUGGAAUUCAUUAGUCCUGAUAUUAAUUUUACGAUGCAAGACGGUUUCCGGAAAGAGUUUUGCCUCAAAUGCGUUCGACAAGAAGUUGUGGUGGAUUUUUUAAACUCUGUCAUUAGAGUCUGCAAGGAAUUUACCGAAUCAUCUCGUGAGACAGUAACUAGCUACCCUCCAUCACUGAUACUGAUAUUAGCAGGUGUGAUGCAUCAAUUGGAACGAUCACACAUCAGCUAUUUGGUCAGUUAUGCCGACGAAAAAUUCUCACCUUUUGAGAAAGGAAAGAACCCAGCGACUCCAAUUGAUUCAAUUGUUACUGAAGCUAAGACAACAGCUGAACUGCUCAUCAAUCACUAUGUACGGAUGCAAGGACAAGUGUUAGCCCAAAUGAUACGUAAAAGUGUGGAGACGAGAGAUUGGCUGAACACUAUUGAGCCACGUAAUGUCCGCUCCGUCAUGAGAAGAAUGGUGGAAGAAGUGACAGUCAUUGACAAACAGGUUGGACUACUUUUUGAAGAAGGAUUUCGGAAAAGUGACGGAUCAGAAACAAGUCGAACCUUCACAUACAGCGUCACUAAAGGAGGCAAUGGAGGUUACCCUUACUCUUCAAGCCAUAGUGGGUUGGGUGACUCCAGUUUGCUUAGCAACAUUCAAAAGUUGUUUUUCGAGAAGAUUGAAGUCUUUGGAAAUGUUGAAUUUACCAAAUUAUCAAUUGUGACAGGAGUCAUAAAGAUUGCAUUAAAGGCUCUUGUUGAGUGUGUACGUUUAAGAACGUUUGGUAAAUAUGGUCUACAGCAGAUGCAAGUUGAUGCUCAUUAUCUUCAGAUCUACUUAUGGAGAUAUGUCAGUGAUGAGCAGUUAGUUCGUGUUCUACUUGAUGAGGUCAUUAGUAGUACAAUUGGAAGGUGUAGAGAUCCUGUUCUUAUGGAGCAAAGUGUGGUUGAGUUAAUUUGUGAAAACUCAUAAUGAGAAGGAACAUUGUACGUGUUGAUAGAACAUGCUUUAUAUUCUUAAUAUUUUGCUGUUUAUUGUUGUUGUUAUUGCUUUCAAUAGAAGACAACAAUUAUUUAUUGUUAUUAUUAUUUUAUGAUGAGAAAGAUUAACAGAUGACAAGAUAAA